UGAGCCAAUAUGAACCUCAGCCUUUUCAAGUACACCAGAUUAUAAGCAGUACCAACUGGAAUUUGAAACCAUGAGCAAACAUGUUUCAAUUACACUUCCUCUUACAUAUUUAUGGCGGGCCUUGUAUUAUCUACUAUGAACUAACAUUUAAGUUUCACCUAAGCACCUAGCAUUUGAUUGCAAGUGGCUGCUUUAUUAGCCAUUCCUUGACAAGGUGGGGUAUGCAUUCUCAAACAACUGCUUAAUCCUUGAGAGAGGCCUCUAGGACAAUACCAUGUGAUCUCUCGUGUAGUGAUCCGUAUGCAUUCCUAUCAUUUUCAAAAAUCUUUUAUCUUAGAAAUAGUUUUCCAAAGAAUCUUAAAAUCUAUAAAUACUCUUGCUCUUGCCUUCAAAAACAACACGACUCAUUGGCAAUCUUAAGUGUCAAACACUUAAAAACACAUUCUUCUUAAACUUGGGAACUUUUCCUUCCUGUUAUUCUUACAUAGAUCUUUAAAAAAAUGGGUUUCCGUUUACCUGUUAUUCGAAGGACAUCAUCAUUCUCAGCUAGCCAAGCAGCUUCUAAAUCUGUGGAAGUCCCAAAGGGGCAUCUAGUAGUGUAUGUUGGAGAGAAACAGAAGCGGUUUGUGAUCCCCGUUUCAUACUUGAACCAACCUUCAAUCCAAGAUUUGUUGAGCCAAGCUGAGGAAGAGUUCGGAUAUGAUCAUCCUAUGGGAGGUCUAACAAUUCCUUUUCAAAGUACUGGUCUUUCAUCAACACAUACAAAAAUGGGUUUUCGUUUUGCUGGUAUCAGAAGAAAGCUAUCAUUUAAUUCAAACCAAGCAUCUUCAAAGGCUUUAGAAGUCCCAAAAGGCUAUCUUGCUGUCUAUGUUGGAGAGAACAUGAAGCGGUUCGUGAUUCCCAUUUCGUAUUUGAACCAGACUUCAUUUCAAGAAUUACUAAGCCAAGCAGAAGAAGAAUUCGGAUAUGAUCAUCCAAUGGGUGGUCUCACUAUUCCAUGCAGUGAGGAAGCCUUCUUGGACCUCACUUCUUGCUUCAACUGACUAUAAGUAAUUCUAAAGAAGACUGACAUAGAUUAGUUGAGACACGAUUUUGUAGUGGAAACUAGUAGCUAUCAUGUUAGUGAGAUGUCAAGGAUGUAAAUAUAUA